CUCGUGGAGUCUGUGCGGUCUGUGUAGGCACGACUCGCCGCAGCCGCGCUCAGCCGUCAGUCCACACGCGACGCUCCACGAUGUCCACCGGAGGUGCUCUGCAGCGACUGGCGGAGGCGCUGCCUAUGGUACUUCUGCUGCUGGUUCCGGCCGGCUCCUUCGCUGCACAAGCCACUCCUCAGGAGUCUCAGCUGGUGGUGGAGCGGUGCGAGGCGCAGCUGCGGCAGUGCGAGCGCAGCCGGGCGCAGGGCGGCGGCUCCGUCUGCGGCUCCGACAACAACACCUACCACACGCUCUGCCUGCUCGAGCAGGCCGCCUGCAAGGGCGACAACGUCACGCUGCUGCACCGCGGGCGCUGCAAGCACGCGCGGCUGUGCUGGAGCGACCGCGAGUUCGCGCUGGGGCUGUCGCGCGCGCCGCAGACGCCGGCGCCGUUCGUGCCCCGAUGCGAGCCGGACGGGACGUACGCGCGCGUGCAGUGCCACGACGCCACCGGCUACUGCUGGUGCGUGACGCCGGCCGGCCGCCUGUUGCCCGGCACCACGCAGCCCAAGGAGCGGCCGCCGCGCUGCGACGGCGGCCACGGGAAACGGGCAACUAGAACGCCACCUCCGAAGAAAGGCUGCGCUCACAAUGACCGGUCCAAGUUCAGCCACAACUUGAUCAAGAACUUCCGUAUUGAGUACAACCGUCUGCCCCAGUCGUCGCCAACUGCCACCAAAGCCGAGGUGCUGGACUGGAAGUUCUCGACGCUGGACGGAGACGGUGACGCGCUGCUGUCGCGCGAGGAGAGCGCCUCCCUGCGGCGCCUGAUUCGGGGCUCUGUGCGGCCGCGCCGCUGCGCCAAGCAGUUUGCCCGCCUUUGCGACAGGGACCGCGACGGCCGCAUCUCGCGCAACGAGUGGCACGCCUGCAUAGACCUCGACGUCAGCCAAAAUACCGUGGAGGGUAGAAGAGUAAGGGUGGUACACGAAGUUCUGUUCGUUGAUCCCCCUUCCCCUGACAUUGUGGUGGAUCCACUUAACAGAAGGAACAGCCAACCAGAGGCUAAUGAUUGUCUGUCUGACAGGCGGUCAGUAUUGGAAGAACAGAAAGCUGGCAGUGAUAAACUGUAUGUGCCAGAGUGCACUCCUGAUGGGCGCUUUCAGAAAAUACAAUGCUACAAUUCAACAGGUUAUUGUUGGUGUGUUCAUGAAGACAGCGGCAAGCCAAUACCAGGAACACCUGUGAAAGAUCAGAUACCAAAAUGCGAUGCAGUUCCUGCUCCAAGAAGGCCAAUGAAUGGUUGUUCUGAGCCCCGUAAGCAGUUGUUCCUUAAAGAGCUUAUGGACAUGAUGUCAAAGAAAAUGAUAUCUGCAAGGAACAGGACCAGUCAAGAAAGCCAAUCUCGACCCUUGCUACCAUCAUCACCAGAAGAGGAAAUUGCCGUGUGGAAUUUCAACGCACUUGAUAAGAAUAAAAGCAAGGUCCUAGAGAGAAAGGAGUGGAAACACUUCCGAACAAUGGUAACUGCCAACAAGCUGUUGCGGAAAUGUGGUAAAAGAUUUCCACGAUACUGCGACAUCAAUCUUGAUAGGAAAAUAAGUCUGACAGAGUGGCUUAACUGUUUAAGCAGCAGUGAAGAAAGCAUUUCAAGGACUUCGCAGACAUCAAGUUUCAGAAGAGUAAAAGGAGAAAACCCUUUACAGAUGUUACUUAAGCAAGAAUAAUGACCAUUAGUGAGAAAAAGGAAAUUGCUAAUAUUGUGUUUAAAAUCUGAUGCUAACCUGAUUAUUCAGUUCAUCAGGCGUCAGCAUCAUUUACUAGAGCAGAGAGAUGCUCAUCAAUAUGAAAAGACUAAGAACUGCGCAGGAAACACUCAAAAAUUGCUGCAACAGUUUGGUGCUCUGACUGUGCAACAAAGACUUGGAGCUCUCUUGCCAUAUUCCAUGAUAUUUUUUUUUAUAAUGUGUGUACAUAAGACUGUUUAAUGUGAAGAUUUGAAGAGUGGAUGAAAGAAACUCAGGAUGCCUGUUUUUUAGCAGCGUAUUAAAGUGAGAUGUUGAUUAUUUAUUUUCUAUGCAUUCAGUCUAAUAUAGACAUAUACUUACGAAAUAUGAACAAUGCUGUGAUUCUUUGUUUAACAGCAAUUAUUUAUAAUAGCUAAAUUUCUUUCUUCCAUUGUGUACAUUAGCUCAUCAGAUUCUGACAUACACUUUCAACAUUUGUAAGUGUAAUGAAGUAUGUAUUACAUCUGGUGUCUUUAAGUAUAAUUAUGUCCACUCUGUGAAA